CACGUCGCGCAGUGCGCGCUCUCCAACGCCGUGCGCGCUUCUGCCUCCCUGGGAAGAAGGAAUCAAACUUCCGGUGUGGUGUAAUGGCGGAAUGGUAGUGUCUGCCAAAAAAAAAAAAAAAAAAAAAAAAAAAAAAAAAAAAAAUCUGUAAUAUUAACUCCCUCAGUCGGGCGGUUCAUUGGAGCCGCGCUGCAGGGUUAAAGGGCCUCCAAAACAAGGAAGUGGGGAAAGAUACAUAAAAGAAAAAAAUUCAACGACGCGACGCCAGCCGUGUAGGAUUCAGGAUUCGCAGCUGCAGCCUCAACAGCGCAGCUCCGGCUCCCCCCGGCCGGCCAUGGCGGCGCACAAACCAACAGAGUGGGUUCAGGCCGUGAUCAAUCGAUUCGACGAGCAGCUUCCAAUUAAAGCAGGACAGCAAAAUACCCACUCCAAAGUCAGCACAGAGCACAACAAAGAAUGUCUCAUUAACAUCUCCAAGUAUAAGUUCUCUCUUGUCAUCAGUGGCCUCACUAACAUCUUAAAAAAUGUAAAUAAUAUGCGAAUAUUUGGGGAAGCUGCUGAGAAGAACUUAUACUUAUCUCAGCUUAUCAUAUUAGACACAUUGGAUAAAUGUCUUGCUGGGCAACCCAAAGAUAGUAUGAGACUUGAUGAGACAAUGCUGGUUAAACAACUUUUGCCAGAGAUUUGCCAUUUCAUUCACACCUACCGAGAAGGGAAUCCACAUGCAUCUGAAUUAAAAAAUUCUGCCUCCGGUGUCCUUUUCUCUCUCAGCUGCAAUAACUUCAAUGCUGUCUUCAGUCGGAUAUCUACCAGAAUGCAGGAGUUGACAAUGUGUUCUGAAGAUACUGUUGAUAUCCACGACAUUGAACUCAUUCAGUACAUCAAUGUGGACUGUUCAAAACUUAAAAGGAUUCUUCAAGACACAGCACUGAAAUUCAAAGCACUGAAAAAGACUGUUCAGCUUAAUCUCAUCAACAGUCUUGAAAAGGCUUUUUGGAACUGGGUUGAAAACUACCCAGAUGAAUUUACUAUGCUGUAUCAAAGACCACAGAGUGACAUGGCAGAUUGUGCAGAGAAACUUUUUGACUUGGUGGACAGUUUUGCUGAAAGUGCAAAGCGGAAAGCUGCUGUCUGGCCCUUGCAGAUCAUCCUUCUUAUUCUAUGCCCAGAAAUCAUUCAGGAUAUUUCAAAAGAUGUGGUGGAAGACAGUAAAGCCAACAAGAAAUUAUUUUUAGACAAUCUGAGGAAGGCCUUGGCUGGCCAUGGAGGAAGCAAGCAGUUAACAGAAAGUGCAGCAAUAGCCUGUGUAAAACUUUGCAAAGCGUCAACAUUCAUCAACUGGGAAGACAACUCUGUUAUCUUCCUGCUAGUUCAAUCCAUGGUGAUGGACUUAAAGGCUUUGUUGUUUAACCCCCCUAAGCCUUUCUCCAGGGGAGCUGGCAGCCAGAAUGCAGAUGUUGACCUAAUGAUUGAUUGCUUUGUUUCCUGUUUCCGCAUAAAUCCUCACAAUAAUCAGCACUUCAAGGUCUGCUUGGCGUCUUCCUCUCCACCCACCUUUCAUUUUGUGCUGGUGAACUCACUACAUCGAAUAAUCACAAAUUCUGCACUGGACUGGUGGCCUAAGAUCGAUGCUGUGUACUGUUACUCAGGGGAACUGCGCAGCAUGUUUGCAGAAACUCACGCCAGGGUAAUGCAAGGGUGUAGUUCACACCAGACUUUACGCAUGACACCGAGCCUUACAUUUAAAGCCAGAUUUAAAGAAAAAAAUACAGAUUUGGAUACCAGAAGUUACAAAUGUCUGCUGCUAGCAAUAGUGAAGUUAAUUCAUGCAGAUCCAAAACUGUUAUUACAUAAUCCUGGAAAACAGGGUCAUGAGAUUCAGAGCAGUACAGCAGAGCUUAUUAUCGGUCUAGUCCAUCUGGUGCCCUGGCCAAACAUGCCAGAAAUUUCUCAAGAAGCUAUGGAGGCCUUAUUGGUUUUGCAUCAACCAGAAAAUAUUGAACUCUGGAAUCCUGAUGCUCCAAUAGAAACGUUUUGGGACAUAAGCUCCCAGGUGCUGUUUUUUAUUUGCAAGAAGUUAAUGGGUCAUCAUCUACUAAAUAGCACUGAAAUUCUGAAGUGGCUGAGGGAAAUUUUGAUCUGCAGAAACAAGUUUCUUCUUAAGAAUAAGGAAAAUGCAACACUAGGAAGUGGAAUUCCCAAUUGCCGUCAGGCUCAGACAAAGCUGGAAGUGGUCCUUUACAUGUUUCUGUGGAGUCCAGACACUGAAGCUGUCCUAGUUGCCAUGUCCUGUUUCAGACACUUGUGUGAAGAGGCUGAUAUCCGUUGUGGAGUAGAUGAGGUGUCUGUUCAAAGCAUCCUUCCAAAUUAUAACACUUUCUUUGAAUUUGCAUCUGUGAGCAACAUGUUGUCAACAGGAAGAGCUGCCCUGCAGAAGAGAGUAAUGGCACUGUUAAGGAGAAUAGAGCAUCCAACUCCUGGAAACACAGAGGCUUGGGAAGACACAUAUACAAAGUGGGAGCAAGCUACAAAGUUAAUUCUAAAUUACCCCAAAACUAAAAUUGAGGAUGGGCAGGUAACUGAAAGUCUCCAUAAGACAAUUGUUAAGCGGCGAAUGUCUCAUGUAAGUAGUGGGGGUGGCUCUGUAGACUUGUCUGAUACGGACUCCUUGCAGGAAUGGAUCAACAUGACGGGAUUCCUCUGUGCUCUUGGUGGGGUGUGUCUACAGCACCGCAGUAACCCCGGACUAGCCACUUACAGCCCCCCCAUGGGACCUGUCAAUGAGCGAAAGGGUUCUAUGAUUUCCAUGAUAUCCACGGAAGGAAAUGCUGAAACUCCUCUUAGCAAGUUUUUAGAUCGUCUGCUUUCUCUUAUGGUAUGCAAUCAUGAGAAAGUUGGUGUUCAGAUCCGGACAAACAUCAAAGACCUGGUGGGUUUAGAAUUGAGCCCAGCGCUUUACCCAAUGCUCUUCAACAAACUCAAGAACUGCAUCAGCCGGUUUUUUGACACUCAGGGGCCGGUUCCUAUAAACGACACUAACACUCAAUUUGUGGAGCAAACAAUUGCAAUCAUGAAAAACCUCUUGGAUAACCACACUGAUGGAAGCUCUGAGCACCUUGGGCAAGCCAGCAUUGAAACCAUGAUGCUCAACCUUGUCAGGUAUGUCCGUAUAUUGGGAAAUAUGGUGCAUGCAAUUCAGAUCAAAACAAAACUUUGUCAGCUGGUAGAAGUUAUGAUGGAACGACGGGAUGAUCUUUCAUUUUGCCAGGAAAUGAAAUUUAGAAAUAAGAUGGUAGAAUAUCUGACGGACUGGGUAAUGGGAACAUCUAAUCAAGCUACUGAUGAAGAUGUCAAAUGUCUAACAAGAGAUUUGGACCAAGCCAGUAUGGAAGCUGUGGUGUCCCUGCUUGCAGGCUUACCUCUCCAGCCAGAAGAGGGUGAUGGUGUGGAGCUCAUGGAGGCAAAGUCACAGCUCUUUCUGAAGUACUUCACUUUGUUCAUGAAUCUGCUGAAUGAUUGCAGUGAUGCAGAAGAUGAUGGCCAGCAGACAGGUGGCAGGAAACGUGGGAUGUCCCGAAGACUUGCUUCACUCCGGCACUGUACUGUGCUUGCGAUGUCCAAUCUCCUUAAUGCCAAUGUUGAUAGUGGACUCAUGCAUUCCAUUGGCUUAGGUUAUCAUAAAGAUCUACAGACAAGGGCCACAUUCAUGGAGGUGCUAACGAAGAUACUGCAGCAGGGCACAGAGUUUGACACUUUAGCAGAAACAGUGCUGGCAGACCGAUUUGAAAGACUUGUUGAGCUGGUCACUAUGAUGGGUGACCAGGGUGAACUUCCUAUUGCUAUGGCCCUGGCUAAUGUUGUACCUUGUUCACAGUGGGAUGAACUGGCCAGGGUUCUAGUGACCCUUUUUGAUUCUAGGCACCUUUUGUAUCAGCUUCUCUGGAACAUGUUCUCCAAAGAGGUAGAGCUGGCAGACUCAAUGCAGACACUGUUCAGGGGCAACAGUCUAGCCAGUAAAAUUAUGACAUUUUGCUUCAAGGUAUAUGGUGCCACUUACCUACAGAAGUUACUGGAACCCCUCUUGAGAACUGUGAUCACAGCACCAGAGUGGCAAAAUGUCAGCUUUGAGGUUGACCCCACAAGACUUGAAUCAUCGGAAAGCUUGGAGGAUAAUCAACAGGCCUUGCUUCAGAUGACAAAACAGUUCUUUCAGGCAAUUAUUGCAUCAUCUUCAGAGUUUCCUCCACAACUGCGAAGUGUCUGCCACUGCUUGUACCAGGCAACUUGCCACUCUCUACUGAAUAAAGCUACCAUUAAAGAAAAAAAGGAAAACAAAAAAUCAGUUGUAAGUCAGCGGUUUCCACAGAACAGCAUCGGUGCAGUAGGAAGUGCCAUGUUUCUCAGAUUUAUCAACCCUGCUAUUGUUUCCCCUUAUGAAGCAGGAAUUUUGGAGAAGAAACCUCAUCCCAGGAUUGAAAGAGGCCUAAAGCUUAUGUCUAAAAUUCUUCAAAGCAUUGCUAAUCAUGUUGUAUUUACAAAAGAAGAACAUAUGAGGCCUUUCAAUGAUUUUGUUAAAAGUAAUUUUGAUGCUGCAAGAAGAUUCUUCCUUGACAUUGCAUCAGACUGCCCAGCUACUGACACAGUUAAUCACAGCUUGUCCUUUAUCAGUGAUGGGAAUGUGUUGGCAUUGCACCGCUUGCUGUGGAACAAUCAAGAGAAAAUAGGACAGUAUUUAUCCAGUAACCGGGAUCACAAGGCAGUAGGAAGACGGCCUUUUGAUAAAAUGGCCACUCUGUUGGCAUACCUUGGCCCACCUGAGCACAAGCCUGUUGCAGACACACACUGGUCUAGUCUCAAUCUUACUAGCUCCAAGUUUGAAGAGUUCAUGACAAGGCACCAGGUGCAUGAAAAAGAAGAGUUCAAAGCACUAAAGACCCUGAACAUCUUUUACCAAGCAGGAACUUCCAAAUGUGGUAAUCCAGUAUUCUACUACAUUGCCAGAAGGUAGGUUUAAACUGGCCAGAUAAAUGGGGACCUGUUGAUCUAUCAUGUCUUGCUGACACUGAAGCCUUAUUAUGCCAAGCCAUAUGAGAUUGUUGUGGACCUAACUCAUGCUGGACCCAGCAAUCGUUUUAAGAGACUGACCUUCCUUUCUAAGUGGUUUGUAGUUUUCCCUGGCUUUGCCUAUGAGAAUGUAGCAGCAGUUUACAUCUACAAUUGCAACUCUUGGGUGCGAGAGUAUACAAAAUAUCAUGAACGUCUUGCUACUGGCCUUAAGGGAAGCAAGAAGUUAAUUUUUAUUGUCUCCCCAAGUAGACUUGCAGAGCAGAGUAACCUGACCAACAAAAAACUGCCAGCUGCCACGCUUGCACUUGAGGAAGAUCUUAAAAUGUUCCACAAUGCUCUCAAGCUAGCUCACAAGGAUACAAAAGUGUCUAUUAAGGUUGGAUCUACAGCAGUUCAGGUAACCUCUGCAGAGCGCACACGGGUCCUUGGACAGUCAGUAUUCCUAAAUGAUAUUUACUAUGCAUCUGAAAUUGAAGAGAUCUGCCUUGUCGAUGAGAACCAAUUUACUUUGACCAUAGCCUACCGCACACCUCUGACAUUCAUGCAUCAGGAGUGUGAAGCAAUUGUAUCAGGUCCAUUAUUCAUAUUCGCACAUGGUGGGGAGUUAUCACAACCAGAUUCCAUCCCUCAGCACACCAAAAUCCGACUAAUGCCACAAUAGCAGGACGUACCAGGAACUCUACUGGAACAUUGCUUCCUCCUCAACUUGGAGUCGGAUCCAAGCUUACGAUCUGCUGCAUAUAACCUCCUGUGUGCCUUAACAUGCACCUUUAACCUGAAGAUUGAGGGGCAGCUGUUGGAGACAUCAGGUCUGUGCAUCCCAGCCAACAAUACUCUUUUCAUUGUCUCAAUCAGCAAGACUUUAGCUGCUAAUGAACCACAUCUCACUUUGGAGUUUCUUGAAGAAUGCAUUUCUGGCUUUAGCAAGUCAGUGAGUAUUGAACUUAAACAUCUUUGUCUGGAGUAUAUGACACCCUGGUUACUGAAUCUUGUCCGGUUCUGUAAACACAAUGAUGAUGCUAAACGGCAGAGAGUCACAGCUAUCUUAGACAAGUUGAUAACGAUGACAAUCAAUGAGAAACAGAUGUACCCCUCUAUUCAAGCCAAAAUAUGGGGGCAGCCUUGUCAGAUUACUGAUCUUUUGGAUGUGGUUCUGGAUAGUUUCAUUAAAACCAGUGCCACAGGAGGCUUGGGCUCCAUUAAAGCUGAAGUAAUGGCAGAUACAGCAGUGGCAUUGGCUUCAGGAAAUGUCAAACUUGUUUCGAGCAAGGUGAUCGGGAGAAUGUGUAAAAUCAUUGACAAGACCUGCUUAUCUCCUACACCAACCCUGGAGCAGCACCUCAUGUGGGAUGACAUUGCCAUUCUGGCACGUUACAUGCUCAUGCUUUCCUUUAACAACUCAUUAGAUGUGGCCGCUCACCUUCCAUAUCUCUUUCAUGUGGUCACAUUACUAGUAGCUACAGGGCCACUGUCCCUUCGUGCUUCCACUCAUGGUUUGGUUAUCAACAUCAUUCACUCAUUGUGCACCUGCUCCCAGCUCAAUUUCAGUGAGGAGACAAAACAGGUUCUACGUCUUAGCCUUACUGAAUUCUCGCUCCCCAAAUUCUACUUGCUUUUUGGGAUUAGUAAAGUGAAGUCAGCCGCAGUGAUUGCUUUUCGCUCAAGUUACCGGGAUCGAUCAUUCUCACCAGGGUCUUACGAAAGGGAGACUUUUGCUUUAACAUCACUGGAAACUGUAACAGAAGCUUUACUGGAGAUAAUGGAGGCCUGCAUGAGAGAUAUCCCAUCAUGCAAAUGGCUGGAUCAAUGGACAGAAUUGGCGCAAAAGUUUGCUUUCCAGUAUAAUCCAUCUUUACAGCCCAGAGCCCUUGUAGUUUUUGGUUGUAUUAGCAAGAGAGUGUCACAUGGACAGAUGAGACAGAUUAUCCGUAUCCUCAGCAAGGGUUUAGAGAGUUGCCUGAAGGGUCCUGAUAACUACAAUAGUCAGGUUUUGAUAGAGGCCACUGUGAUUGCACUGACUAAACUGCAACCACUUCUCAAUAAGGACUCUCCACUACACAAAGCCCUUUUUUGGGUGGCCAUUGCAGUUCUUCAGCUGGAUGAAGUUAAUCUCUAUUCAGCAGGAACAGCCUUACUGGAACAAAACUUGCACACACUAGACAGUUUCCGGGUUUUCAAUGAUAAGAGCCCAGAGGAUAUUUUUAUGGAAAUCCGGAAGCCUUUGGAAUGGCAUUGCAAACAAAUGGACCAUUUUGUUGGCCUCAAUUUCAAUGCUAACUUUAAUUUUGCUUUGGUGGGGCAUCUGCUAAAAGGUUACAGACAUCCUUUAGCUACUACUGUGGCAAGAACAGUUAGAAUCCUGCAUACAUUGCUGUCUCUUGUAGGAAAACAUCUAAAGUGUGACAAAUUUGAAGUAAACACACAAAGUGUGGCAUAUCUUGCAGCCCUUCUCACUGUAUCAGAGGAAGUGCGAAGCCGAAGCAGUCUCAAACACAGAAAGUCACUACUCUUGGCUGAUGUUUCAAUGGAAAAUGUUGCCAUGGAUACAUACCCUUUGCAUCACAGUGAUCCAAGCUGCAGGACACUAAGAGAGAACCAGCCCUGGUCUUCUCCUAAAGUUUCUGACCGAUACCUUGCUGCUAAUUAUCCUCCUGUGGGGCAAAUCAGCCCUCGAACUCGAAAAUCAAUGAGCUUGGAUAUGGGGCAGCCAUCCCAAGCAACUACAAAAAAACUGCUUGGUACCAGGAAAAGCUUUGACCACUUGAUUUCAGACACUAAAGCACCAAAGAGACCAGAAAUUGAAUCUGGCAUCACUACACCUCCCAAAAUGAGGAGAGUAGCAGAAAAUGACUAUGAAAUAGAAACCCAAAGAAUUCCUGCCUCUCAGCAACACUCUCACUUGAGAAAAGUAUCCGUGUCAGAAUCAAAUGUCCUCCUAGAUGAAGAGGUCCUGACAGACCCUAAAAUCCAGGCCCUGCUGCUCACUGUCCUUGCCACAUUGGUAAAGUACACUACAGAUGAGUUUGACCAGAGAAUCCUCUAUGAAUACUUAGCUGAAGCCAGUGUUGUCUUCCCAAAAGUCUUUCCAGUUGUCCACAGCCUAAUGGACUCAAAGAUAAAUACUCUCCUGUCACUGUGCCAAGACCCAAUCCUUUUGAAUCCAGUGCAUGGGAUCGUUCAGAGUGUUGUAUACCAUGAGGAAUCACCACCACAGUACCAGCCUUCAUAUCUUCAAAGUUUUGGCUUUAAUGGACUGUGGAGGUUUGCUGGCCCCUUUUCCAAGCAAACACAGAUUCCAGACUACGCUGAGCUAAUUGUAAAGUUUUUAGAUGCUUUGAUUGACACCUACCUUCCAGGCAUCGAUGAGGAGGCAAGCGAGGAAUCUUUGCGAACACCCACUUCCCCAUACCCCCCUACUGUCCAGAGCCAGCUGAGCAUCACCGCCAAUCUGAACCUGUCCAACUCCAUGACAUCUCUGGCCACAUCCCAGCAUUCCCCAGGAAUUGACAAGGAAAAUGUAGAGCUUUCACCGACGACGGUGCACUCUAACAGUGGGAGGACACGCCACGGAUCAGCAAGCCAGGUGCAGAAGCAGAGAAGUGCAGGAAGCUUCAAGCGUCCAAGUGUGAAGAAGAUCGUGUGAUGGCAGUCUGUGGUGCUUUUUCUUUGCAAGGAAUCUGAACCAGCAAGAAUGCUGCACUUAUCUUUUUUCCUCUAUGAAGUCAGCCCCAUUGCCUGACGAUCAACAUUACAGAAGAACUAUCAGAAGUUAAUUUUAUUUUUUUUUAAAUAAUUAAUAGCAAAUGUAUCAUAAAACAAUGCCAGUCACUGUUUCUGAUACAUUCUAAGACAGUUGAUUUAGUCGGUAGGAGAAUUAUGGACACAACAGCCUCUAAACCCAGAAGUGUAAGUGUUUUAGGUGGGUAAAAGAAACAGAGGUUUUGUGGUAGUUUAUCUCUCCAUCUCUCUUGUUUGCCUUUUGUAUUGAAAAGUGUUACCGGGAAUUAUUUGCACACUUUUCUCAAAUCCACACUUAAGUGGAUUUUCUUGUUUAUCAACCUUAAGUAGCACAGCUGGUGCAUCAUGUUUUCCGGUCACUUGUUGCACAGUAGCUGUAGAUAGAAGAAAAAGGAAGGAGCCCCAUGGGCCUGGUAAACAUGUAGCUAAAGUGGUACUGAAAUGAGACACUAAUGUAAGUAUAUAUGAUCUGCGAUUUUAAGGGAUGUAAUGCAGUCUAUUCAUGCCCCAUCUUACCCAUUCACUUUACAGCAAAUGGAUGUUGGUCUGGUAUGCAGAAAGCAAAUUGACAUUUUAUUUUCAUAACCUUGGUUUAAAAACACUAACAUCAUUUUAAAUAAUGCCAAGACACCAUGCCUGCCUUGUAUCCAUGGCCUUUGCCUCAAGUUUGCCAGACUGUCUUCUUUUAGGAUAUCAUUCUGACUAGCAGGACCCAAUUUAUUUGUAUUGUGUUUUGCUAAAGCAGGCAUUAUUAUACUCCACCUUGGUGUUUUGUCAUAUAUAAAUGCAGUAUAUUCCAGACAUUAUAGCUAUAUUUUUACAUUGUUUAUGUCCACAAUGAAAGAAAAAAAAACUUUAAUAAAUGUACAUAAAAGUAGCUAUUUCCACUUACUUUGUAAAAAGUUUGUUGGAAAAAAGAGGAGGUGGAUCCUGGGAUUUGUCUUAUUUUAUCUCCUGGCAUGCUCUGUUAUAAACAAUUAAUAUUGUAUGAAUUGGCUCACUGUCACUAUAAGCCGGCAGUGGAAAGCAAUCUCUUCAUCUUGCAAAGCUGCUCAUUUUGGGCACAUAAGAUGUAACCGGUGGAUGCUUGGGAUCUACUUUAAAGUGGGCAAAAACAGUUCUCUCCAGCCUUAUUAGUAUUAGUCAGAAAACAGAUCCCCUUUAAAAUAUCGUUGUGCAUCUUAUUUUAUUUUUCAAAGUGAACUGACACUAGAUUAUUACUUGAUCUUGUAAAUAGAAAUGCUUGUAUUUUGUCGACUGGAAGUUUUCAGUUUGUUUACAGAACACAGAAAGAAAAUGAUGCAAGCCUGAUAUGCAAAUCAAUUUGCCAAAAUUCUUCACAGCAUUACAGAUGCCCUUUCUGAGUAUUGUGUAUCUUGGCACAAUGACUGCUGGACCAGUUUUAGCAGUUGAACUAGAAGGUCGCAGCACGUGAUUUUUGACUGCUUUUUGUUACUGAAGUUUUGCUAGUGGCUGUUCCAAUAGCUUCUUCAUCUCCCGUUUGUAAUCUCUUGAAAACGAUCACCAUUGUUCUACUCUCCUGGAAUGGAAGCCUAAAAGUUAGAUGGCAGAAUAGGAAUAAUAAUAGUUGAGACUUUGUAGCUGCUUGAAUGUUUUCUGGGGUAGGGGUGCUCCUAUGACAGAAUACUUAACUAUUAAAGAGCUGCAUGUGUUGGAUUCUGAAAUGAAAAACUAAACAACUGCAUAAAGUUAGUCCAGGAUGAACAGAGAGAGACACGAAAGCCUUAAGUCAGACCUUUUCUUCAUGCUUUUCAUCAAGCACUCACUCGAGCAUGCAGUUUUAUUGCAGGGAAUGUACUGAACUCCAAUUACCUUAAAACCUUCACUUUAUUUAAGUGGCACCAGGAUUUUGUAUUUUUGUUCAUUUUAGAUAGCUGAUAAUUUCAAGCAAUGACUUGGUAAUCAUGCUCUUUUUGAGCGUGCUACCUUUACUGAAUAAAUGAAAAGUUUUGAAUAAUCGCUGGAUUUGGAAUAAUCUUCUUCAACACUGGUGUCAGACACCAGUGGUAACUCGGUCAAACUGGGUGGUCAUUAGAUAGUAUAAAGGAGGGGGAGAAGGUGAUGGCCAAACUGAUGGCCUACUUGUAGUGUUUUCCCUUUUAAUUUGCUCAAAAGAUGUUGGACAGUUUGUCAGGAUUGUGAGUGUAAUAUUCACCAAAGGUCCAAAUUUUUAAGGUACAAAUUACUAAGUGCAUAUUUUUAUUUAUUUAUUUUUAAUAAACAUGUCUAGUGUUCAAACCAAUUCACGUUUGCUACAGUUAAACUCAGAGCACUUGGCAGACGUGAGUCUUGAUCUGGAUAUAGGAAGUCAUGGCUUGUAGUGUAACGCAAUCUUUGAGGGAUGGUGUUGGAGGAAGGCUUUGGGUUUUGCAUUUGUUCCUGUUUGCCCAUCAAGGUGUCUGUUUGAGAUGAAGAAUUGUUCCUCCACAAGUGUCAUUUGAAAAGUGACCUACUGGAGAGAGAAUUUCAUGAAGCUUUUUAUAAGGAAAGCAGAUACUCAACGGACUUGUGAAUUUUUAAAGUAUUUGAAGUAAAUUCCAUACUUGAAUUGUACAAAAAGGAGGUCUGCUAAAUAUUUUUAUAUACAUAUAUCUAUCUAUCUAUCUAUAUAUAAACUUGAAUAAUCAGAAGUAAAUAAAUAAAUCUUUAAAAUCAGGGUACCUAGCUUCCUUAGAAGAUGGAGAGCAUUGUUUGAGACUUCUUAGACUCAGUGUUAUUUAAGAAUUUUGGCACCAAGCUGAAAAAAAGCCAUGUAGGAUGGCAAUGCCGGUAAAGGUCUGGUAGAAGUAAGUACGAAUAACCAGUUUGGACCCAAACAUUGCAAACUGCAAGCACACUGCUUGAGUCUUAUUGCUGUGCUAAAGGAGCAGGACACCACUUGGCCCUGUGUGUGUUUUUUGAACCUGGACCAAAGUCUCAGCCGUGGACUUAAGAUCAAUGUGUCCUGGAAACUCGGCUUGAGGUGGGGGUGGGGGUGUGGGUGGGGGGUGGCGGGGUCAUUGGAAGGGAACGUCAGGGUCUUUCAUAGGGCAGUAGGCACUUUAGUAAAUCCACAGCUCUUGGCCAUCACUGGUUUUUGGACUUUUUUGCUGGACUCACUACAUGCAGUAGUUUGGCGUGAGCAGCAGCCUUUUCAUAUCAGUCUCUAUUUUAUUUUUGUAAUUUUAAAUGCAGUAUUGUUGUGUAACGCCAAGAAGGAGACAUGGCCAUUUGACCCACAACAUUUGUUCUUUUUUCCCUCCUUUUUGUCUUCUCCAUAUUGUGAAAGAGUAGAUUAGCCAACCAAGUGGCACGUACUGAGAGGCCUGUGAAGCUGUGUCUCGUGUUGCACUAUUCCUGACUGCAGCCUAACAUUUUGCUCCCAAGUUUUACUGAACUCACUUGGCAUGUCUUACUUGAGGUUAUGCAAACAGACUUUACCACAAGGAGUCGGAUCUGAGCGAUGGCCACACUGUUUUUUUUUUGUUUGUUUGUUUUUUUUUUAUGCAGUAUGUUCAUCUUUGUAAAUAUUUUUUUGUGUAAAAUUUGACAGAAAGGUAUAUUUACUACACUGUAAAUACAUGUGAUGAUAUCUUGUAUUAUUUUGCUUUUUUGUAAAGCAGUUAGUUGCUGUACAUGUAUAACAUACAAAUUGAAUUAUUCAAGUGUUAGUAUUGUUAACUUUCUCUUUCCCUUCCACUACAUUAUACAUCAUUUAUAAUACAAAUAAAGGAAAAAUCGCUGUGUAUUAUAAACCUAUCCUGUGUAUAAUAUAUUGACUGGUCCCGCUUUGGGCCAGUUACAUUCAAAAUGCCAUCCUGCUACUUCUACAAUAGGUGUAUGCCAGUAGAACACCAAACUGCUGUUCAACUCUGAUCCAGUUUGUUAUCCAUAGGUACCAUUGUAGAAAUCAUUGUUCAAGGUGUUCUCUCCCCUAAUGUAUGUAUUCCAUUUUUUGGAAGUAAAAUGUACAUUGAACCAGU